UGAAAAUCUCUCGGGCGCGUAACUCGUUGGUCGUUACUUAUGGUCUGUUGGUAUGGUUGGUCGUGAAGUUUUCUACCCUCUUCCACACUGUAUGUAUUCAUAAGCUAUAUCAAGAGAUAAACAUAACAAUCUUUUAUUAGUGAACCGCCGUUAUAAAUAUUUUUUGUGUAUUUAGCCUUUGAAGACCAUUUCAACAACAAAUGUUAUUGGUGAAUCGUUCAGGGUUGACAAAUUCACCUUAGGCCCGUUUUUAGGAGGAGUUUCUUCUGUCUCAUGGAGGGAGUCUUAUUGGUACUCUUGAUGAAAUGAAAGGUCAAACACUGAUUGAAGGACUAUUCUGAGAACUUCCGAGUAACCAGUCCUUAAGUCGGUUCUCUAACAAACUUUGUAUUUUAUUCAUGGCUGCCCUUUAUUGGAACAUAUUUUCAAGGUUUCGUGUUAAUUUUAAUCAUUUCAAGUACUUGACUGCAACACCGUCCAGAUCAGCGAAUACAAAACAAUUAAAACACCCCAAAAGGAAGGGCGAUAAUCUGGAACCUGUUGCUACAUCAGGUGGUGUGUCUGACUAUGCAAAAUCUGCAAACAUCGUAAAGUCAAAGGAUCUGCUUGGCGAUUUUAUUAAAGAAUAUCGUUUUGGUAAUGACACAGCAUUUGUUGAUCUUCCUUCACCGGCUAAUGUAAAUAUUUUCACUCAUCAAGAUGUCCUACCUGCUGAUUCUUGUAACUCAUUGAACCCCAUUUUUGAUGCCGUUGAGAAUUUGGAAGCCUCACUUUUCAGUUGUGCUCUUCCAAACAACCAGUUCGAAGAAUGGUUAAAGUGGACGGUCGAAAAGAAAAUGUGGAGUUUUCCGAUUAAUAAUGAACAAGAUUGGGAUUCCGAGUUAGAUGUACCCUUUUAUGAACAUGUAUUUCUGGAGAAUCAUCUAAACAAGGAACAUCUCAAGUGUAAACCAUUGGCAUCGUUCUUGGAACUUGUCUGCACUGGUCUUUCGAAAAACCCAUAUUUUAGUGUUGACGAUAAAAAGCAACAUCUCGAGUGGUUCACACAGUUCUUUGACGAUAAGAUAACGCGGAUAAACGCUUCCAUAAAAGAAGAACAUAUGGCUAAUUUAGAGGAAAUUUCUAAAGGAACUUCGACAUAAUCUACUAAUUUUUACUUUUCAAAUAAACCAUUCCCUAGAAAAAUUCUUAGAAUUUUU